AUGGCAACGCCGCCGGACUCCCCGGGACCGGAAGAGGCGUUCUUCGACUUCGAGAGCACGAGGGCGAGGCAACAGACCACCAGACCGGUACCUAUAGAGGAACUUCUGCGACAGACGAAGUUUUCCCGCCAGGAGAUUCGAGUCAUGUACCGAGGCUUCAAGCAGGAGUGUCCCGAGGGAGUAGUGCACGAGGACUCGUUCAAGGACAUUUACGCGAAAUUCUUCCCGCACGGCAACUCCAGUCUCUACGCCCACUACGUGUUCAAGGCCUUCGACGUUAAUUGCAACGGGGCCAUCAGCUUCAGGGACCUUCUCGUGACGCUGUCGACUCUACUGCGAGGUAGCAUUUAUGAGAAACUGAGGUGGACCUUCAAGCUGUACGACAUAAAUGGCGAUGGCUGUAUCACCAGGGGUGAAUUGGGCGAAGUCGUGACAGCAGUCCAUGAGCUCAUGGGCAGGCGGCAUCACGCCGAAGAGGAAAGGAAGGCGAGAGAACAACUGGACAGGGUCUUCAAGAAACUCGAUCUCAACCAGGACGGUGUUAUCACGAUCGAGGAGUUUAUCGAAAGUUGUUUGAAGGACGAUGUGAUCACACGAUCGCUGGCGAUGUUCGACUGCGCGCUUUGAUCUCCGGCUAAAGACGAGCCUCCAGC